CUGUAACAUGGAGAUAAAAUUCCUCCGAGAGGUGAUAGCGCAUUGAGCGAUAUUAAAUGUAAAAUGUACAUCUGCAUAAUGGGCUUCCUAUUCGAGGCUAUAAACUGAAAGACGAAAACAAAAUACAAAUUUGAGGAAACUGUCCCAGUUGCUGAUAUUUCGAUCUUCCUCGCCUCGACUGUCUCCAUCUCGUAUCCCAAGUUACCUACUGCAGUUCUUACUCAAGCAUUAUACACAACACAAAUACUAGAGCACAAUGUCACCGACUUCUUCACCUCCAGUGUUGGUAAUGGGCGGAGCAGGUUUCAGCUACCAACUAUGCCCUGACCCUGAGUCUCUUCCAAUCGUCGACAUUCUCCUGCGCUCAUUCGAACUUGGCGUGCGUACCAUUGACACAUCACCAUACUAUGAGCCUUCGGAGCAACUCAUGGGCGCUGCUUUGUCGAAUCCCCGUAUUCAGUCCAGAUACCAACGGAGCGACUACGAACUCAUGACCAAGGUUGGCCGCAUCAAGGAAAAUGAGUUCAAUUACUCCCCGGACUGGAUCAGAAAAUCUGUUGCCAGGUCAUUGGAACGGUUUGGGACUACGUACUUGGAUGUUGUCUUUUGCCAUGAUGUUGAGUAUGUGUCUCUAGAUGAAGCCGUCACUGCUGUUGGUGUACUGCUGGAGUUUCGACGUAAUGGGGUUAUUCUACGAGUUGGAAUCUCGGGCUACGACAUCGAUGUCCUCGCUGAAGUUGCUAGCCUUGCCCGAAAGAAAUACGGGCACCCUGUCGAUGUUGUUCAGACUUGGGCACAGCUCACUCUUCAGAACACGCAAGCCGAGACCCGUGGUUUUGAUCGGUUCCGCGCCGCUGGUGUAAAUUCUGUAUUCUGCUCAAGUCCACUGGCUGUUGGACUGUUGAGGACGGGCGGUAUUCCCCUUGGGCUGACAGGUGAUUGGCAUCCUGCGCCUCAAGGUCUGAGAGCUGCAGCAGCUGAAGCCGCUGAGUGGAUGGAAAAGUACGGAAACGGAGAAAGUCUAUCUUCCCUUGCGAUGCAGUACGCCGUUUUGAAAGCGAAGCAGAAUUGUACUUCCUCGUUCUCGGUAUCAACCAUAACUGGAAUCAGCACCCUAUCCGAUCUGGAGCAGAAUGUGGCUGCAGCCAAAACAGUACUCAAAAAUUUCGGCAGCUCCGAGAGUUUACUGGACUACACCGAGCUGGACUCUCAAUCAGUGGAGAGUAGAUUGGCACUCUCCGAGCGUGUUCGUUUGAUCCUUGGGGAGUGGCUAGACUACGAUUUCUCAGGGAAAAAGUCAAAAGCAAUCAGUGGAAACUCCAAUCAUGACGAUAUUAAGGAGACUGGUGUUGUAGAAAUCACAGCACGAGAGAACAAGGAUUUGAAAGAGUCCACAGCGAUCAGAGUGGCAGCGUAAGAGGCAUUAUGAACAUAGGUAAAUUUAUAUAAGUUUACUCUUUUAUCAAGUAAGACCCGAU